AUGGCGAGCUUGAAGAUCCUGGUGGUGGGCCCGGAGCGCGUCGGAAAGACGUGCUUGUGUCAAAUGCUGGCCGAGCAGCCGCAGACGCUGCCGGGCUACAACGCGACCAAGGGCGUCAGGGUGCAAGAGAUCGAGCGGCGGCUGGAGGGGCGCAACGUCAACGUGCAGCUGUGGGACGUGGCGGGGAGCGCGCAGCCGUUCUGGGCGGUGCUCGGGAGGGACAUCGACGGUAUCCUGCUGUGCCACGACCCCCGGGACGCGUCCGGGGAGGCGGCGCUGGAGAAGCUGUACACGCAGCUGGCGCAACCGGCGAAGCUGGCCAUGAGUCAGUGCAUGACGCUGGCGCUGGACUUCGAGGGCGGCACGGACAGCAACGGGCUCACGCGCAAGCUGAAGAAGCUCCAGGGCGCGGUGCUGGACCUGUCGCCCGCGAAGGCGCGCAUGUCGCUGCAGCGGUUGUUGCCUGCGCUGGACAAGAUGUUCGCGGCGUGCGCGGCGAAGCAGGCGAAGAAGGCGCAGGCGAACGAGGCCGCGCCGGGGGUGCAGGACGACGAGGACGAGGUCGCGGAGGUCGCGUGA